UUUUGCCUUUUUCUCUCGUUGUUUUCAUCUCUUUUCUUUCUUUGUCUUCUUUUGCUUCUUGCGUUCUCAUUUCACUCCUUUUCAAACCCUAAAACCACAAUGUCGAGCACAGACUUGGCACAGCUGCGGCGCGACACGGAGCGCUACAUUCGAGGUGGCAAUGUCGCACUACCCACCGCCAAACCCAAGAUUGUCUCGAUCGCGUCAAUGGCGGCCAAGUUUAAAGAGCAGCGCAAGCAGCAGAGCUCCAACCAAAGUCAAGCACCAAGCCAGUCUCGUCCAACGCAGACCGCUUCGUCCACUCCAGCAGCUACUGGCUUGCCCGCCUCCUCUCGGCAGGCGUUUGCUGGCCACGGCCAUGGUCAUUCACCCUCCAAGCACAGGACUGCCGCGAGCCGGUUGACAGAUUCCUUGCCACCGCAACGCCCGGCCUUCUCCCUGGUCGGGCAAGACCAAACAGCUUCCGACGCUGAUGCUGCCCGUAACAAGAGUGCACACCGUCCAAACAGCCAUCGCGACGACGACAACGACAACGACAACGACAACGACGAGGAUGACUUGCCAGAAGUCAACUUUUCGGCUCCCGUUGCUGUCGCUGCGAUUGCGAAGCAACAACCCGAGAAGGAGUCGGCCAGCCUUGACGAUUCGUUCUCCCACGACGACCUCGAGCACCCUGACGUGCGCUUGCACUUGAUGCGCCCCGCCCACUCGACCAACUAUGAUAUUGAUGUUUUGCGCACUUAUGCUCGUAAAAGCGCCGUUGCCUCCUCCGAGACCUUCUUUGAUGCCAACGGCCUCCUUCGUCAUCGUCCUCUCUCCUCUCACACCCCAUCCAUGGCAAUGGAACCGUCAACGGAUUCGCAUAACGUGGAGGCUGCGCUAAACCUUUCCAGCCUCGGCAGCUUUGGCGACGUCUCUACCUCAAACCAACUUAUGGAAAACACGCCAAUGCAACUAUCCGCAGUGCCGGUGGAACCCAUGCACCAAGCCGACAAACCGUCCGAGCUGCUUGCCAUGUGCUCUGGUUUCUUUGAGGACGGGGGUGCUGCACCACCAGCUGCGUUCGGUUUGCCAUUUGCGCUCGCUGCGGGCCUUCCACGCCCGGCCAAGGUUCAACAGCCCGAGGCACCACGGCCCGAAUCGGACAACGUUGCUACGUUGAAGCUUGAUGCCAGCUUCCAAAUCGACAGCGUUCCAACACUGCCCAUCGAGGCGGCGAUUGCUUCUGACGACAACGCUCAAGAUGCGGCUUCUGCGCUGCCGCUUGCAAACAAGCCCGUCGUGGCAGCCGCCACAAACACAAUCAAAAAGCCACCAGCAGCAGACAGCGUGUUGGCCAAGCUAUUCGCCGCGAACAAGCGUCCAGCACCUGCUCCCAAGCCUGCGAGCGCGGAUGCCGCACCAACUGCAUCGGAUCCUCCGGCUAUUGCUGUGCCCAAGCGCAAGGCCGACGAAAGCGAGGCAGAUUCUACAUCGCGAAAGAGCACCAAGCUCGAGUCAGCAGUCGAGUCCAAGCGGGCAUCUCAAAAGCCGCGCCGUCGCGCACCCAUUUUCAGCGACGACGAGGAUGAAGAGGCCGAGGUGAAUGUCGGCGCCGCUUCCGAGGAAGAGGAAGAAGAAGAAGGCGGCGACGACGAUGCUGACGAUGAGAGUGAGGGCGACGAUGAAGAGGCCGAGGAGGAUGACGACGACGAAGAAGAAGAAGUCGAGGUGGACGACGAGGAUGACGAGGAUGCCAAGCAGCUGCGUCUCGCACGCUCCAAGGACGUCGAAGAGGACGAAGAGGCCAUUCUGGCGUACGCACGUGAUGAUUCUGACGGCGAAGAGGUGGACGAUGUGGACGCUGCCCGCCAACGGCUCCGACGACGCAUGCUGCUCGACCAGGCUUCCGACGACGACGAGGACAUGGACGAUGCUCAAAUGCUGGCUCAGCGCCGCAAGGACAUGGAAUUGGACGAGCUCGAGGAGGCCGAGGAGUACGACGAGGAGCUCAUCGCAGAGGCUGCUGAAGGGCUGAUUGACAAUGGCGUCGUGGACCAUACCAACGAUCGAUUGGCGGCUCGUCUGUUGCGCGAAAAGAUGCGACUUGACGAGCAGAAGGACCUCGACAAGCUCGUCGACAAACUUAUCACCAAAGAGCAUCUCGAGAGCGACGGCAAAGACUGGAAGGAGCUCGGUCGCGCGCCUCCCGUUGAUCGUGAUUACGACAACGAGAACGAGAUGGAGGACAAUGGCGGUUUUGUCGGCGAUGGAUCGACCAUGGGCUCGGCAGAAAUGGGCGAAAAGCUGCUUUCGACCAUCAAUCGGUACGCCUGCAACCGCAAUAGCCGCGCACGACGCCUGGUCCGAGAAGACUCUGUUGCAGACAUGUUUUCGCCAUCCUCCUUGGUGAUGGAGGCACUUGCUCGCAGCGAACGCGAGGCAGCUUCGCUCAGCGCUCAUGCAGACGCCGACGAGCAGCCGAUGGACACUCAGGCCAUGCGUGACCAGCUCGAGCGUCGAAAUUUCUUGCGCUCUGCCGAAUCAAAGGCCCAGUCCAUUCUGGAUGGUCAAGAUAGCCAGGAUAUUCUGACCAUGAUUAACAACACUAGCCGCUCCGUGUCUCGGCAAGUCUCGGGUGGCAGCGUGGGAAGCUCGCCCAGCCUCUCGGGGACUGCCGCGACUUCCUUCUCAAACAUGAUCCCUCAGGCGUCAUUCAAGCGAUCCAUGUCCUUCAGCUCUGUUGCAACGAACAAGCCGUUGACUGCACUGGGCACUGGCUCAAAUUCGUUCAAGUCCACCUCGACGGUGACUGGCGGCACUGGCUUUGCGUGGAGCGCGACCAUUGCUGCAUCGCUGUCACACAAGGGCUCAUUUUUGCACAUGGACCAGGAGACGCUGACCAAGAUUGAUGCUCAGCCAAAGUCCAAGUCCAAGGCUGUGGGUGCUUCAAGCGCAUCUGCUGGCAGCGGACGCAAGUUUGUCUUUGCCGCAGUGAGCGAUAGCGCUUCCAACGAUGGUCUGUCGAACCAGGCGUCGCUUUCCAAUCAGGCAACCCUGUCGAAUAUGAAUGCGUCCAACCAUGCCUUUGCCAUCCCCGCCAAAGUCCCGGCCAAAACCCCACCGCUUUCGGCAGGCAUCAGCACCGCCGCGUCCAACUCUCCCUUCAUGACUCCUCCCGCAAUCUCGCGCCGGAACAGCCGUCACGGAUUGUUUGAAGCGCUUGGACGCACCAAAUGAGGCCGGAUUUGUUUCUCAGGGCUGAUCUGUUAUGGCUGUUUUUGGUUGAAUCGUAGCGUUGUUGGUGUCGUUGUCACGUUAAGAAAAUGUAAAGUGUUCUAUUCAUUCAUUUGAG